AUACAUAUCGCGUAACACGUCUCGUAAACAGCGUGACGUCGUAGCUGGAGUAGAACGAGAGAGCGUCUCGACCGUUGGUGUUUAUGUAUGUACAAGCGAGCAAAAACGAGUCUGCGAUUGCUAUCGCUAUCGCGCUGACUCUAUCGCGCCUUUUCCUGUUCUGUUUUUUCUCGUCCCCUGUCACAGUUGCUUCUCUCGUAUCAAACUUUCGGCAGGAAGUACGUGUCGAACCGAUCGACCAUUUUGUCUGAAAACAGCGAAAUAAGAGAGAGAGAGAGAGAGAAAAUGGGAAAUUUCAAUCCCAUGAAAUGGAAAACUAGAACCGUCGUGUACGGUGUCCUAGGAGCUUUACUUUUCUACAUACUAUUUGUUUACAAGAAGAAGCAUCAAGUGAUACGCGAGGUCGUCGUAAAUGAUUCGGAUCCUAAGCACGUGUGGGAAUUUGUAGCAGAUUUUAGCAACAUGAAAAAAUUGAACCCCACGAUAGAGGACUUUAGUGUGAUCGCAGAGAGCGGCAAUUACGAUCACUGGAGGUAUACCGUGCGAUAUACGGAACACUUGAGCCAUUUACCGAUGAUUCGUAACACAGCAUACGGACAAUAUGCCGUAAAGCCCGACAACGAUGGUUACGUUAUCAGUUCCAAACAUCGGACUUGCUUCUUCCUUGAUUUUGGAUGCCUGGAGUCCAUUUCGCAAUUCAGGUUCGACGUGGAUGGUACGAAAGAUACAAAAUGUAUCGAGACCGUGCAAUACGAGUGCCCGAUAGCAUUCUCAUCUCUGUGCUACAAAGAAGUCGUGUAUCAGCGAGAAGAAAUCAUGAAGAGGCUCAAAUUGGAAUUCGAGAUGGCUAAGAUGAAGAUGAAUUAACAUCGUUUGUUCGUCGCCGUGUUGUGCUGCGAAAUAUUUCUCGUAUACUGAUACCCCUGUGGAGUGUUUUCUCGACAAAAAGAGAAAGAAAAAGCAAAAAAGAAAGAAAAAAUUUGUUACAAUCAAACCCAAACAUAAGCAUCAGCAUGGCUUUGUUACUCGAUAGAAAAUCUUAAAAGUAGACGAUAAUUUGCGUAAAAUUCCACCUACUCGAUUUUGCGUUCACACGUAUCACGCACCAUUUCCCUGACUGCGUCGCUCAGUCCGAUUCAACUUGAGCUGCGUUCCGAAAUUCACUGCCAGUACUGAAAAUAAUACAUAGGUUGUGUCAUGUAUACCAAUAGAAUUUCAGUGCUGGCAGUGAAUAUCGGAACAGCAGCCUUGGACGAUUGUUGCCACGAGUAAUCGUGUGAAAAAUA